AUGAAGCCAGAUGCGGCUAAAUUCAUCUUCGAGCAUGCUUUUCUUCCUCCACAAUUGCCUCAAUUUGACCAUGAAGAAGCUGGAGCGGAUAACGUUCUCAAGGAGAUUUCUGAAGCUGCUCGUCAAUUUUUGCGGUCUCUACCAACGGGGAGCAAUGAAGCGCGAGUGUGGACACAACUUGUGCGGUGUCUUCCAAAAUGGAUCGAAAUCUACGACGCCGGCUCUCCAUGCAGUCACAAAAUCAUUGAAGCCCUCCGAAACAUGAGUGAUGGGGACAUUCUUUUAUUCUACGUCAAGCCUCAAAACGCAGCAAUCGUUGUCAGAAGCAGAUCCACGGGAGCUAUCUUUGAGUGUUUUGAAGUCCUACCCAAAACAGAUGCAGUGCUGGCUGCCAAAGAUGCACUGAUUAGGAACUUUCCAGCCAGAGCAGUUUUUCUAGCUGCAGAGGAAUUCCGAAACGCUUCUUUCAUACGAGAGCUAGGGGAUGCGAUACACAAACUGUCAGUCGAAAAGUUGGAGUUGGCCAUGGAAACAUCAAGCAAGGGAAAGAAUACUGUCGUCGAACAGCGCCAAUCUGCACAUCCCAGAGCAGUAACUGAGUGGUUGUUCGGAGUGCUUAGCAGCCGUGGCAAAGCAACCUCAAGCCCGACCGUUCGGAAGCGUACUCAUGAUGAUGUAUGCUGGACAGAUACCGACAAAGAACCUUGGAGGCGAUCUGGAAUAUGGACCUGUGCACGCGUUGCUCUUCAGAUUGCCCUACAGAACUCGGAUCUUGCUGGCAAGGAGAGAUCACAAUACAAAAAUUUCAUGUUGUAUCUCCUGUCACGUCUUGCCACAGAGAUAUCUGAGGUUAACAGCUCGCCGGACACCCUUCAUGUGCUCCGUGUCAAAUUGGCGAGACGGAAUGCAAAGCUUGCAUCUGAAACAAUAUCAUUCGUCCAGAACACUGUCCAAACAACUCUAUCUUGCCUCAACCGGAAGAUGCAGAAGUGGGAAAAGGUCAUACAGGCCAAUAAGUCGAGUCUUCCAAAGGUCCCCGUCCAGGAAGUCUCUGACCGCUUGGCAAUGAAGAACAGCCGCUCUGUCGUUCAGGCUGCUUGGUUGCGUUCGCGGCAACCCUUCACAUAUCCUAGUAUCAACUUCGUGCCGCAGCUACUCCGCAGAGUCUCCUUGACUGAAACGCAGCUGCCGGACUGGGCGAUAUUCAGGAAUUCUGGCGAUGUGAUCUUUGCGCUUGCAGAUUUCGAAAACUGGGUUGGGAGCCACCUUGCGAACUGGUUGUACCUGCACUGUGGCCAGCCGUCAUCUUGCCAGUCUCUGGCUCUCCUGAUGCAAACUUAUCACCAAUACGCCAAGUCAAGAUAUCAAGGUCAUCCGGAGCGGACGUCACUCAUGUUGCUCACACUUUUUGACCUGUGGGUUGCGUUAGAUAGAGCUGCUACGAAGGCUUGUCCACUUCUUCUUCAGUACCCCCCUGAGUUGGUCCCAGGCAUUUUUGCUCCUCUUCUCCUCUUCAAGCAGCCCGAGCUGGAGCGCUUACAUCGCAUCGAAGACCAUAUAUCUUCACGCUUAUCGGGAUGCAAAGCACAGCUCUCUUCACUAUUCAGCGACCCAACAGACACAUGUUUUGCUGUCAAGUAUUUCGACCAGUCGGCCUCCUUGCAAAAGCGACGAGCAGACAUUGAGUCUCAGGCCCGUAAAAUGCGGGUAAUAAAGUCAGAUGAAUGGAAUGAAAAGAUGGCUCGCUUCGAGAAACUUAUGAGCGACGUACAAAACAUGGAAUGCGGCGUCUUCGUUCCUCCACAGCGAGGUAGGCGAGCAGCAGUCCCUCGCCAUGAUUGGAAUUGCACCAGAUGCGCCAUGGAAAAGGAGGCAAAAGCAAUUCAGAUAACGAAAGAGGAAUGGCCCCUUCCCGAAACAGAGGUAAUGGUCAAAGCAGUCACCUUUGAGCUAAUGCCUCCUCCAGCCAUUACUUACUGGCGCGAUACAACCUGGUUCCUUGUCCAUGAUCUUGGUAGGACUGCCGCGAGGACUCGGAGAGGACAAACUGUCAAGCAACUCUUGCGGUCAUAUCCGCCACUUGCUUCGUUUGCUGAAGGUACAAACCAUCGGAUCGCACUUGGCUCCUCUGUCAAAUCUAUGCAAAAAUCUCACUACUUCACAUCGGGAUUGAAUAUGGACGAAGUAUUCGUCAAGAACGGCCUACAGCCGCGGAUGUUAGAUACCAAUCACGGCUCUGUGUGGACAGCAGAACAGGUCAUCGAACCUUCGCUAUCUAAUUACUGCAACGCACCGCUUCCGGAGGCAGUCAAAGACCACCUGGGGCCUUUCGUGAACAUGACCCACCACACACAAAACUCAGUGAUUGCAAAGCACUGUCUUUGCCCAAACAAUAUGAGCCCCCAUGAACAUGUACUCUUCGGGUCGCUGCGAAGUGGCGAAAGACUGCAGUGGAUCAAUAUUUUGGCCAUGCUGACCUCUACGGAGAUCGAUCUCAACUCUUCCACAACCGCAAUCCUGAUUUUGUAUGCGAUAUCCCAAGUUGGCACGGCUGGGGCGGCAAAGCCACAAUACCUGCGAGAGUCGCAACAUGAUCUGAACUUCCCGUCUUUCUGUCACUCUCUCCUAGAGGCACUGGAGGCCAGUUUUGCAAGAAUCGAGGCGAAUUGGAAAGAAUCCAUUGCUGCCGGCGCACUAUUGACAAUAAGUCUCAAGGUGCUGUCGUUGAAACCAUAUCAACUGGACAAGGAGCGUUGGAAUGGUCUUGUGCUUCGGAUCCGUCAUGCUGGCAUUUCAUGGAUUCGUCAGCUGUCAGAGCUGCACAAGCACCAGAAAACCAAGCUUGCAGCUGGUCACGGCUUUGAGGAUCUCCCUCGUCAGAUCGUUAACGCCUGUCUGUUAACACGACAGACAUUCAACACCGAUGUACACCUUUUGCCAUCGGUCUUCUCUGACGACGGUGCUGUUGCAGACUAUAUUGAAGCAUCCAUUCACCUACAUGAUCACUCUCAGCAAGUUUCCGUCACAGCCGAUGGGAAGCAGAAGUCUGAUCUCUUAAACGAUCAAUACCUUGCUCGCCAGUGUGAGAAGCCAUUGUUAGACCGGUUGCGAGUCUGCGACACCGGAUUUUCAGAGGGCAUCAAUCGUUUCUGGCAGUUCGCUACCUUCACUACCCCGUGGGACAUCGUCGACCAGAAUGACACUUCAUGGAUACAAAACAAGGUUUUAUCGAAGGUUGUGCAUUUCAAUGUUGUGACCGGCAGUCUUCUGGUCUCGGGCCGACCGCUCUCAAGACUUCCUGCGAAGUACUUGUCCCAUCCACUGUAUCGCUCGGUCUUCGGCGAUCUUGACCUCGACGUUUUUGCCUCCGACCUCGAAGAUAUGGAAUACGUGUCCAGAGCCGAGAUCGAGGGACAUCGAGUCUAUUUUGGCAUGCGCGAUGACACCCUCAUUGUCCGUUCCUCCAUAGCAGGACAGUCUUUUGAGGCAAUCCUCCGCGAUACUUUCCUUGGGGACAUACCAGACUGCAUUGUGAAGCCCAACAUACCUUGGAUGUCUCUGGAAGACGGACGAGUCUUCUUCCGGCCGACCACCCGACCUUGGGUAUCUCAGGCGGAUGAUUGGAUUUUAACCCCAGAUAUCAGACCGAGAACAACGAUCUCUCUACGAAAUGGGCGUUCCUAUCUUAUCGACCAUGCAAGCACUGUGGGAAGUGCCAUAUGUCAAAUCUUCCGGCCAAUUGAGUGUCCCAACCAUGUGCUCAUAUCCAUGCAUGAUGGGGUCAUUAUCAAGGUGCAUUUGCCUCGAUAUCACCUGAACUUUCAUGUGAGCUUUCGAGGGGAGCUGCAGUGUCAAGAACUUGCAGCGCGUAUUGACAGUACCCAAACGCUAGGGACAUUGCAUGGUCUAACCUCGUUCUUGAUUUUACGUGCGGCGAGUGACUCUGCUGGUGCAGCUGUUCGGAGCGUGCUCAUUCCCGACGGAGAUGUGGUAAUCUCAAGUGCGCCACCUCAUGUUGCUGUCGAGGUUCGCAUAGAAGAAGUGGACGAUCUAACAUUUUCUCAUUACCGGAUCGACGAUAGACUUGGUCGAUUGGUUGCAGAUGAUCUCGAAGGACAUUUGUUCAAGACCUACCUCCACGCUGUCACCAGUUUCCCAGAGAAUGAUCAAUUGACCGGUCGUGCGGGCUCUGAGGAGAGUCUACUGAGUCUGUCCGAUCCAAUCACGCGGACCUCACUCCCACUGUCUGAGCGCUCUCAAAAGCUGCUCUCCAUGAUCGCGAAGCUCUCUCCUGUCCGCAGAUUCUACCCUCCACAUUUGAGGGCCAUGCACUCUGACACGUUCAACGGUGUUCUGCCAACGCUCUCGCAACGUGAUAUCUUUUAUGGCACUGUUGAGGAGAUUGUCUUGCACAAUCUCAAAUCGGAGUUUCUCUUCAAGUCAGGAAGUGUGCAAAGCUUGUCUUACGCUGGACAACUAUCAUUGCUAGACAGAUCAUACCGUCGGACCCGCAAACUCUAUCCGUGUGAGUCUGUGGCGACAGAAACACCUACAGCUGAGGACCAAAGUUACCUAGCACGAGAUCGCGACAGUAGCCCAAACCAGGAGGCUGCGGCGUCCAUGGCUGGGCUAGUAGCAGCAUGGCCCUCUGCUUUCAAUGUGUGCUCAGACUUGAGGGGGCUAAUGCUAAGGUGGCAACAAAUCAGCGGCUUUCAGGAGGAUUUUUCUGGCUUUUCGUUUGCGAAGGUGCUUCGCGAAGAGCUUCGCCAACAAUUUGCGAGGUUGCUAGUGUAUUGCAAAAGACCUUCGAUUUCUCGAGAGAACCUGGCCUUCAUUCUGUCAUUGCUCGUCUUCGGAAAGCCAUCUAUUGCGAAAGAAGUCCGAGUCCUGCUGGCCUUCGCUGUUUCGCCAGCCCUGCGUUGCCUUCCAUUUCCCGACUCGAAUACCUACAAUUUGAGCCAGGGGCGCGCGGUGAAUCGGGAUGAGCUAUCACCCAUUCUAUGGCAGUGCGAAAGAGCCUUUGUCCCGCCUCCUGAGAAUGGAACUGAUGGGCAGGGAAGCGACGAUAACCCUGACAAUCCUCAGGCGCAGCGUGAGGAAUACGAGCGUGAACUGAGCAACCAGCGCCAACAAUAUGAGCGUGAACUCGGUGAGCAGCGCCAACAGGUCUUCGAUGCAGUGGAUGCGGCGUGGCCGGCCGGUUCGGUAAGACUGCCAGCGGGGCAGAGUCUUACUCAUUACAACGUCGCAAACCUCACAGAGCUCUUGAACGGCCGACUCGCGACGUGGUUCAAGAACUACACUUUCUGGUGUCAACUCGAAACUAUUGAUAAGGCGUUGACAGAAUUUGAUCGACCAUGGGACGGACCAAAACAUUUCAGCAGUAUUCUCAAGGCCGCACCUCAGCAUGAGACACAAAGUCGGCAGACACACUUUUCUCUAAUGAACGCGAUGCACGCCGUCCCUGACGCCGGACUGGUCUUUGAUGGAAUGAGACCCAGCGCCUUGGAUGGAGACCUUGCCACUUCGAUAUGUACACAAGAAAGAGCCCGACCUCUAGAAGCAAACGAACUUCGCCACGCCUGGGAAGAGCUCGAGGAGAUGUGUGAGGAAUUGAGCAAGGAUCGUAGUUCCAUUGCCCAGAACUAUGGGACUUCUCUCAAUGAGAGCAUCAAGUGUUUGAAGAUGAAGGCUGCACAAGGUCAGGCCAAGCUCAGACUCUCGAGUGGAUCCAUCCUGGGCGUCAAGUCUGAAGAAGUGAAAGAUUCUAUCAAGCUCAUCCUAGAUCGCAGCCAACAACUCCUCCGCCCGAGCGUCGAGUGGCAACAAGGUUUGGUGUCAGCCAGAAUAUGGCCUCACGUGUCUCCAUUGGCGCUGCUACAGCUCCUAACAGCGCUUCACAGAGCUCAGGUGCCGCAGGGAUGGCUGAGAGUAGCUAGUCUGUUGGCUAAGGAGGUGACAGCUCUCCAGAGAGUGGAGCGCAUGCAAAAGUACCUGGGGAUCAAGGACCAGUUUGCCCUGCAACGAGAACUGACAAACCCAGCUCAUGCGGCGUGGGACCCUGAACAGUGGCCUGACUGGCUCCUCCUUGAAAUUCAAAACAACAUCUUGAUACGUCCGGUGCAGGUUAGGGUCGCUCAAGAACUCAUUCGGCAGGAAAACGGCCUUGUACUCCUGGGAAUGGGCGAAGGCAAAACAAGUGUAAUCCUGCCAAUGGUGGUGACUGCUCUUGCCACUGGCUCACACCUUGUCCGGGUCGCUGUUUUGAAGCCGCUUGCCAAUGAGAUGCUUCGUCUUUUGUCUUUGAGUCUUGCAGGACUGGUUGGUAGAUCGGUUUACCAUCUCCCUUUUUCCAGGCAGACAAGACUAACGGCAGAAACCCCAAACCUGUUGAUGGGCCUUUUCGAGGAAUGUCGCAAAUCUGGCGGCGUCCUUCUUACUCUGCCAGAGCACUUGAACUCCUUCCGACUGAUUGGAGGUGACAAGCUCGUGACGGACAAGACUCUGUCUGUCGAUCUAAUCCGAGUACAAAAGUGGCUUGACGAGCACAGCCGUGAUAUACUGGACGAGAGUGACGAGUUGUUGAAGCCUGGAUACGAACUUGUGUACACCAAUGGUGAAGCAAACGUGUUAUCAGGAGCACCCGAUCGGUGGAUCAUCGCAUUGGACAUUCUUGCUUCAGUGCAGAGAAAUGCCCGCACCCUCCAUGCGGAUUGUCCAUCUGGCAUUGAACUCGAAUCUCGGGGCCCGGCAUGCUUUCCCCAUUUGCGGAUUCUGAAUGAUGAAGGUGCCCGGUUGCUGAACCAUUGUCUCACCCAGGACAUCAUUACACGAAAGAUACCUUCGCUCCCGCUGGGCCAUUGUGACCCUGCGACACUAACUGCGCUUUCGUCCUUCCUGCACGAAUUGGAAACGGAUCCUGCCGAUUUCGACUUGGUAUCAAGGCAUUUCCAAGGCUCGGCCCAGCUCGACCUGCUGUAUGUCGCUCGAGGCCUGCUUUCCCAUCAGGUACUCACACAUGCACUGCGCAAGCGCUGGCUUGUAAAUUAUGGCUUGGAUCGAACCCGUUGUCUUGCUGCUGUUCCUUACCGAGCCAAGUCUGUCCCAUCUCCGAGCGCAGAAUUCGCACAGCCAGAGACAUUAAUUCUGUUGACGGCUCUAUCCUUUUACUACACUGGCAUUCAGAUUGAGGAUCUGCGGAGAUGCAUUCUCAUCCUCAUGAAAUCCCCAGAUCCGGGCGAUGAGUACUCCAGAUGGGUUGCCGACACCGAACUACCUCCCGAGUACCGAAGUGCAAACUCGCUCAAUCUAGACGAUGCUUACUCCAUUGACAAAUUGUACGCGCACCUCCAGUACAACAAAGCGGUCAUAGACUUCUUUCUCAGACAGGUGGUGUAUCCAAAAGAAGCCAAAGAGUUCCGGCACAAGCUAUCCUCUAGUGCCUGGGACCUCUGCGCGAAUGACGGUGGUAAGGUGACAUCUGGCUUUAGCGGCACCUGCGACAGCCGCAUCCCCCUGACGUGCUUUCAAAAAGAUCUCGAGGACCUCCGCCAUGGCACGGCAUCGGCCCUAACAACACUGCUCAGAGUCGACAAUCGCAAGUAUGUUUGCGCAGCAUCAGUUUCUGGAGAAAGAAUGUCUACCGAGGAGUUGCUCCAACUCAUCGUCGAUGUUACACCUGAGGGGCCUGCUGUCAUCAUUGAUGUCGGGGCACAGUUUCUUGAGGACAACAAAGAAAUUGCCUCAGAGUGGCUCCGCUUGCGCCGAGACAAGAAGGCUGCCAUAUAUUUCAGUGAAAAUGAUGAGAAAAUGGUGCUCAACCAAGAUGGUAGCAUUGAACCUUUUGCGUCUUCAAUCUUCAAAGAUGAAAUUGGCGGGUGUCUUAUCUAUCUGGACGAGUUCCACACUCGAGGUACGGAUUUCCAACUUCCUGAUGAUUUCAAGGCGGCGGUUCUUCUUGGGCCAGGUCUCCUCAAGGACAGCCUGGUCCAAGCAUGCAUGCGAAUGAGGAAAUUGGCAGUCUCGCAGUCAGUGAUCUUUUUCGCCCCGCCGGAAGUGGACAACAGCAUUCGCGCUUUGCUGGGUGUCCAAACAGGAGACCUGGACAGUUCGCAUGUGAUCCGAUGGUGCAUUUCGCAGUCGUGUCGUGCGCUUAAAAGCCAACAACCGCUAUGGACAAUGAAGGGGUUGUCGCACAGCCGCAGACGGCUAGCAUCCAAGAGAUAUGUCCUUGAAGGUGGCCAAAUCCCAAACCCGGAACAAUAUCUUGACUCUAUCCGAGAGAUAGAAAGCCGACCAGUGUCGGAAAUGUAUGCUGUCGACAAGCGUGACCAGAAAAAGCACACUUUCCAGCCUAGCCCCUUGGAGAAGAAGGACGACAUCAUGAUGCAGCUUUUGGCAGAAUGGGAUCGAACUGAAACGAAUGAUCUCAAGGACAGCGGCAUCGCGGAAGAGCAAGAGCGGGAAAUCUUGCAUGAGGUGGAGAAGGUACGAGAAGUUCAACGACCAGCACAUGCAACCCCAGCAAAGCCAGCUGCAUCGGAGGUUCUAAUCAACUACAUCUUCAAGAACGAGGGAGUUCCGAAAGCGGAAGAUUUCCACUGGGCAUUCAACAUUCUUUCUCAGACCCGUCUUGCGCCCCAGUACAGAGGUGCAGAGUGGCCCACCAAUGUCUUGGUGACCCAGGACUAUAUGCGAACCAUUGUACCUCAGGCUGGAUCUCCUCAGGACGACUAUCUGCGGCCCGUUCAAUGGAUUUUCGUUGUGGAUUUGGUGAAACAGCCGAUCAUCAUCAGUCCACAUGAAGCACAGGUGUUCCUGCCAGGGAUUCGAAAACACGGAAGAGUGACCUUGAUUCUCUACCAGCCACGUACGAGUCGGAACAUGAUGUCUUUCGACGGGUUGAAUGUUUACCAGGUUCCAGAGCGGCCUAGUCCAACCAAGAUUUCAGUCGAGGCCAUUUCCGUGCUCAACCUAUUCGCUGGUCAGCUCUACUUCACCACCUUUGAGGAUUACAAACGUCUUUGUUCUAUCAUCGGCCUCUGGGACGGAGAGCGACCACUACCACUCAAGCGACAUGUGGCCAACGACAACUUUGUGUCGCCUGCUUGUCGGCAAGCCAACGGCUGGACAGAAUGUAAGUUCUCAAACAGUCCCGUGGGAAUGCUCAAGGCCUUUAUCAGCAUGCGGAGGCUCGGCAUCGAAUGGGGUCACACUCAUAUGGGACGGAUUCUGUCAGGACGCUUCCUGCGAAGAGAUGAGUUUGAGGAUGAAAUGGGGUCUGCGGCGGAGGAUAAAAUGGAAGUUGAUAGCACGAGCGAGUCAAACACGCCCGGCACUGGUCAGAGCAGUGCAACUGAGGAAAACACUGCUGAAACUGGCCAGAGCAGUACUCAAACUGCCACUACCGACGACGAUACCAUGGACGGUCUUGAAUGGGGUUCAGGGCAAGAGCUGCCGAUAGAGGCUGCUGAUAAUGGUGCUAACUAA